AUGAAUAUAUUUGUGGCAUUUUUCGUUUUAUUACUUCUACUUGCCGAAUCCACCCCGAGCGCCGUGAAAAAUUUUCCAUUAAUAGGUGUAUUUUAUUGUUUAAAUAUGAUUAUGAUCACACUGUCAACAUUUUUAGCAACUAUGGUAAUUCAUCUAUACUUCCGUGGUGAUCGUAAAGGCCCAGUACCGAUUCUUCUGCGCCGAAUUGUCAUAGAAGGAAUUGGACGGCUAACAUUAGUACGACAAAGAGUGCCUUUACCAGAUGUAAGGAAUUCAACAAGGAAUAUGGUCACAAAGUAUCAUAGAAAAGUCUACACCUCCAAAAUUUCCCCUCACAAGUUUUCAACAUGUGGUCAAACCAGAUAUCAAAACGAACGGAAUCGAUAUUUUGCGGGCGGAUUUUUCCCAUCAUGCGAUGACAGUGGAAACCAUCCAGUUUGUGGAGAUCAUUAUUUGAAGAAUGUAGCUGCAAACUGGUUUGGUUCAAAUGAAUACCAAACUGUCAAUCGACAUCCUGGAAAAUUCUGCCCACAUGUGAUGGGAGCAAUGAUCAAACGUGAUCAUCAAAUACCAGAAAACAUGGAACGAGGUUCUUUUUAUGAAAAUGGAUUCAAAUAUUUGCCCUGUGAAACAGUGAACUGUGACGAAACUGAAGUUAUCAGUUCGACAACAACGCUAGAAAGUGAUGUGAGAGAACUAAAGAAAUACGUCAAAAUUAUUGUUAACCGACAGAAGGAGGUGGCGCGUAAAAGUUUACUGGCUAUGGAGUGGCGUACAUUGGCAAUAGUGCUAGAUCGCCUAUUUUUCUUUAUCUACAUCACCACUAUUGUGAUAGCAGCGGUUGUUUCAGUACCACGAAAUACUGAAGCAGAAGUACCAGCAGAAUUUCGAGAUUCUGAAGAAUGA